AUGUCCACCCAGCAGCCCUCUCACGCGACUGCUUCUACCCCCGCUCCCGCCUCCCAACGCACACUCACCCUGCCCGAGCAGCGCAGCGACGCCCUUCGUCGCUUUUGCCUGCAGCACCCCGCCACCUUGAUGCCGCCCCGCAUAUCGACUGUGCUGUUGGAGAUGCCCGGCCAUGCGCAGCGAGCCUCGGUGCUGUGGUGGAUCCUCAAUCACAUGUGCUACACUAUGCUGCCUCACCUCGACAAACCCGGCUUUCCUCUUUGGUUCCUCGCGCUGGCUUAUCGCUGCCACAUCAGGUCGAGCCCGUCAGACGGUACGCCUGAGGCCGUCAUUCGCCCUGCGCCUCUGCUCGACCCAUCCGCCUUCGUGGGAGCCUGUGAAGACCUCCUCCGCGAGGUGCCGAACCCGGACCUGUUCGACACCAUCGAGUUCCUCUCCAGGAAGUACUUUGAGCAUGAGUCUGCCAUCCGGCUUCAGACGCAGGACGAGCGCGACUGCUUCCACCAAAGCGCGGCCGCCUUCACCAGGCCGUACCUUGACCGCGCACAUGAGCGCUUCGACCGCGAGAUCGCAAAGACCUAUGCGCCCAUGUUCGAGGCGAAUCGGGCCUGCGGCCGUGCCGUGCCGGUGGUCCAGUCGAGCGGAGUGGGCAAGAGCCGCAUGGUCCACGAGCUUCGACACCUCUGGCCGACGAUCAUCCUGACGCUGAGCGAGCAGGCCAACACCCCCAGCAUCGGCUACCCCGUCGCCGAGGCGGGCACCGUCGACUUUUUCACCAACUCCUGCCGCAAGUUUGGCAGUCCCGAGCUGGCCUUCCUCGCCUUCUUUGUCGCGUGGUUCAAAAAGGUCGCCAGUGUGCUCCGAACGACCUGUGCGCCGACGUCGAUGGGCGAUAUCUUCGCCCCCUGGGCGCCCAUCGAGGACGACCUCGGAGUCAACAAAGAGAUCCGCGAAGCCUUCUUCGCCGAGGUCUACACCUACGCCGAGACCCUGCGCCUCUUGGAGCCCGACUUCCAGAAGAAGGCAUCGCGCGAGGUAUCUGAGGACUUCUACCGCACCAUCAUCAUGUCCCACCUCUUUCCGCUCAUUAACCAGCUGGCACAUGCUAUCCAAGGCCUGGAGCCGGUCAAGGCUAAGCGGGCCAAGCUCGACCGCGCGGGCAAAUCCAGGCCGACGGUCGUCUACGUGGGCAUCGACGGGUACAGGCUUCUCGACAGCAUGCACCCCCGAUCGGACGCCUCCCGCCGCCUCUCCCGCGUCCUGAAGCUCAUCUCCGAGUUCGUAUACGGGGAUGAGGACGAAGUCCAGUUCUGGUUCCUGCUGAUCGGCCCUGACCUCCAAGCCGCCGAGGAAACCCGCCGCGUCUCGUGGGCCUGA